AUGGACCACGAUCAUCCUAGUAAGUUCCGCAAGCGCAACCGUCUCUCGUACGUGUGUUUGGAGUGUCGCCGCAGAAAGACUAAAUGUGACAAGGAGCGGCCGCGUUGCGGCCGCUGUGUCGAUGCGGGACUCACGUGCACCUACGUCGCGUCGCAGCUACCGGGCGACAAUGCCAGAAUAUGGCCCGCGACGGGCAGUGCGACGGGCGAUGCGACGGGAGUUGCGACGGGGACAACGACGGGAAACGUCGCAUUGAACGCGACGCCAAAGGUUGCGACGGAUUCCGUCGCAAACACGUCCGCAGUUGCGGCCGCAGCGGCGGCCGCAAGCGCGGAGAUGUUUGGCAGCGAGGCCGAAGCGGCGGGCAUCGAGCGAUCCGGGUCGUAUCGAGACAGAUGUCAGUGUACGUGUGGGAAUUGCGGGCGAAACAGCGACCGCGACCGCGGCAACCGCAACCGCUCUGACGAGCUGCUCGUCAACCUCGACAACCCGGAGGACACGAUUGUCGCCCAGGAGCAGAUGAAAUACUUGCACAAACCCUUCUCAGUGCUCGCGAUGAUGCAGCGCGACCAUUAUCUCCGCGCGUUCGCCGGCUCCGUGACAGGGUUCACCCUCAUGAACGUGCAAGGCGGACAGUCUGUCGCGCGCGACGAGGAGCCGCUGAGAGACGGCGUGGGUCACGUGAUUACUGCGUCGCCGCGCAAGCGUGAGCUGCCCAUACAGGCGUUCCUCGAGGAGGGCAAGCGAGUGUUCUCGCAGGCCAGCAAGAGCCACGAGCGCGGUGGCGACGUGGUGCAACAGCUGUUGUUUCCGUGCACGUGGAAUCUCGAGGACCAUGUUGGCGCGGUGUCUGCGUAUCCGGCGCAGCUGGUGGCGCUGCUCGCGGAAAUCGAAGAGCUGCUGCCGGAACACGACGCGUUUCUGUACCUCAUGCGCUACUUUUACGAGACCGUCUAUCCAUUGUUCCCGCUGCUGGAUGUGCCGGCGUUUGAGCGGGGGCUGCGUGAGAUUUUAGUGCCGCCCGUUGCUGGCGCGACGUCUACCGCGACGCCGUCGUCUGUGCCGUCGCAACCCGUCGCAGAUGCGUCACGAAAAUAUACUUUGACACUAGGCACCAACGGUCUGCGCGGCCGCCUCGAGACCCUUGCGAUCCUUCUCGUCGUGCUCAAGAUCGCACACACCGCGCUGUGCGUGCAGACGGACGCAACGCGCACGGCGGAACUCGAGAAGCUCGGGUUGUACGGCCGCAACCGCAUCAAAGAUGACGCAUUGACCGUGGUCCAGAAGUGUCUGUCUGUGCUCAGCGCGAUGAAAUUCACCAGCGAGAAUAUCCUAUGCUGCCUGCUGUACACGUGGAUUCACGAGUCGCUAGCUCCGGACAACGCAACCAUCUCGCUGCCGCCGCAUGUGGUGCUGAUGCUUGGCACCGUGUCACACCUGGCGGUGAUUCUGGGGCUCCACAAAGACCCUUCGAGCUACAGGCGCCUUGUCGAGACGCUGCAAUUCGGCAAGUCUCUGUCCAACUACCGCCGCAAACUGUGGCUAAACGUUGUAGCGGUACGCAUGAAGGAGCUGUUGCCCAAUGGCAGUGGACUUGAGUUCACUUUCACGCUCAUGACCACCUUUUCCCGGAGCAAGGAAAACCGCGAAAGCUACAUGUCGACGGUGAUCCGCGAUGGCGAGCCCGACAACACGUUCGACAUCCCGCUCCACGAGCUCAGCUACAAACAGUACCAGUUGCAGCACGUGUGGGUCAGACUCAAUUCUGCGUGCAACGCCCUCAACAGAGCCAUGCCGCUUUCGGAGAUCGAAAGGCUCAUCUUGCUGGCCGAGGACACUCUUUUGCAUCUUUUCCCACUAACCGACGUCACCGCGCCCCAAACCAACUCGUUCUCCGAUAGCGGGUUUAUGAAAUGCACCACGGCUAAAGCGCGAAUUGACUACGCAUCUGUUUGCGCUUGCAAAGCAUUUGAGAGCAACCUUUUGGGCCGUGUCGUUGUCCUAAAUGUAACCGCCGCACUUACUGUUCAUUUCGAAAAUCUGUGCAGAGACGAACCCGACAAGUAUCAAGACUAUUACCGACGAUUCAUGAAGCAGCUUUUUAGACGCUCUCUAGAGAAUGUCAAGCUACUGAAGAAACUUUUGAACGGCGAUCAACAUGAGUAUGCGCAUUUGAAGUACAGGUAUGCGCUCACCCGAGUCAUCAUGGACUCUUUGCUGCGAACUGUAAUGACAACAUGCAGCCUGAUACUUAGACUUUCUUUUGCAGAACAGCAGCUUCACAAUUGUAUCAAGUCAGAAAGUGUUUUAUACGAACAGGACCCUUGCUCCUCUUCUGCUUAUCGUCUUCAACAGGUCGUUAACAUUAAGGAUAGUUUGGUUCAUGCCCUGAAAUCUCUUGUUCUCGUGGCAUCUGCAAACUUGGGAAAAGAGUUUUUUGCAUGUUAUCGUGUCAUCUGCAUGUCCAAGUACGUAGUCCACUUGGUUGAUGUCGAUAAACUUGUUGACGUAACAAACAGAUUUUGGGAGUUUCGGUUGCAAGGUAAGCGCAUACCGGAACCUGUUGCAAAUCGAAUAUUGUUUAAGUGGGGUAUCAAAGUUGAUGAGGCCAAGGCAAUUAAAGACGAACUCCUUAAUAUCAAUAUUUUGAGUGCAAUAGACACCGAUAUGCUAGAAAGCUUCACUGCUACUCUUGAGAGGUUGGAUCUGUUAAAUUCUGCGGACACCGCGCUUGAUCUUGGUGAUCUCUACCCUAGCGAACCAGGUCUUGAAUCUAUUCCUGGCGACCCAGUGGAUAACUUUCAGAUAUUUAAUUCUGAAAUCCUCGAUUACUUUAGUGUUUUUGAAGAUAACUUGCCUGGAGAAACCCUUCCUAGCCUUUUCAAUUAG